AUGCCUACUAAAAAGCGAUCACAGUCUUUGCAAUCUCCAAAGGCGGUAGAUACCUUGAUCCAUAAUCGAGAAGCAGUAGUUGCUGAUAUUUUAAGGUUAAAGGCAAAUUUACUAGAAAGCAUUGUUUCAAAAAGCCCUAGUGAACUAGAGUGUAGAUUGGAAAUACUUGACUCUUACAUUGACAAAGCGAUGCAAUACCAGAGCAAAAUAUUUGACCUGGAUCCUACUGAUGACUAUUGGGCUGUUUUAGAAGAUGUUUGUGUUUCAACUAAGUCCUUGUUUUUACAAAAGUUGAAAAAACAUCGCCUUGUUAGCGCCCCUGCAAUCUCGCACCACUGUGGUCGACCGCAAUCGAAGUUGCCAAGCAUGCGACUACCAAAGUUCAGCGGCAAAUACUGUGAUUAUAAAAAUUUCAUUAGUUUGUUUGAAAGCCUUGUUCAUAGUGAUGAAACUCUUACGGACAUUGAAAAAUUCAACCAUUUACUGUCAUGUUUGUCAGAUGAAGCUCUUGGUACUGUGAAAGCCUUUCAAGUCACUGAGAGGAAUUACCCAAAAGCGUUAGCCAGUCUUAGGAAGGUGUACGACAACAAUUGUCUCAUUUUUUCCGACAACAUUAGCAAGCUUUUCGAUCUCCCAGCAAUUUACAAACCGUCUGCUGCAUCUUUGCGCACUACAAUCGACACUGUGUCUGCCAUCUAUGAUUCCCUUCUUUCAAUAGGAGAUGAUAAGAAUAUCACCAAUGCAAUUCUUAUUCAUUUAGUCAUGCAAAAGGUGGAUUCAGUCACAAAAUCGAAAUGGGAAGAACAGCUGGACUACAACACUUUGCCAUUAUGGAGUGACUGUGAAGCAGCGCUUAAUAAAAGGUUCCAACAUCUAUCAGCGGACGAGACCUCUUCUACAAAGCAUAAAAAAUCAGUGCCAGAGUGUGACCAAAAACCCGGUGUUAAACAGGACAAACGCAGCUUUAAAUCCUCCUUUGUCUGCAACAAGCUGAAUCAAUCCAAUGACCCCAAAUGCGUAUAUUGUAUGUCUAAUAUCCAUAUGAUAACGAAGUGUACAGCAUUUGCUGAAUUGCCUGUGUCACAACGGUUCGACACAGUCAAGGCAAUUCCAGCGUGCAUAAACUGUUUAAAAAAAGGGCAUUCUGUUUCAGCAUGUAAAUCAUCACGUUGCAGAGUGUGUGCGGGACAACAUCACACACUACUGCACAAAUACACUCCAAUUAUCCCUCACGCAACUGUAAGUUCUGAUUCCGAUCGCGUUUAUGUAAAUCAUAGUGCUACUAAUUGCGACCAGGUAAUUUUGGCGACAGCACUAGUUACUGUAAAGAGUAAGUCUGGAGAGUACCGAACAGCCAGAGCCUUACUUGAUUCCGGUUCUCAAACAAAUUUUAUAACCGAGGAGCUUGCACAACUAUUGCAGUUAAGAAGGGAAGAUGGAUGCCUUAAUUUAAUUGGAAUUGGUAAGAUAAAUACCACAGUUAAGCAUAAGUUACAUGCGACUGUGAGAUCGCGAGUCAAUUCUCAUGAAUUCUCUGCCGAUUUUUGGGUAUUGCGAACAAUAUCCACCUACCAACCAAAUCAUAAUAUAUCUACCGCCAGUUGGAAGAUUCCGGUAAACAUUGAGCUUGCUGAUCCAUAUUUCUACAAGUCACAAAGAAUUGAUCUUCUUCUUGGUGCUGAAACGUUUUUCGAACUUCUAUCAGUCGGACAAAUAAAACAAAGUCCGAAUCUCCCCACGCUGCAGAAAACAUUACUCGGCUGGACUGAAGACUCAUAA